AUGUCCUCCUUUCCCUCUUCUUUCUCAUCAUCAUCAUCGUCGUCAUCUCAAAUCAGACUCUUUCUCGCGGGCGAUUUCAUGCCUGGACGAGGUGUCGAUGCGGUCAUGCCUUCACCUUGCGCUCGGGAAAUCCGCGAAGGAUUCUGCAAAGAUGCGUUCGAUUACGCGCGAUUGGCAGAACAAAAACAAAAAAGACGUUUUGCAGAUACGAAGAAGAAAGUUUCCGCGCGAGAUGUGCUCGGAGAAGUCGCCAAAGUCAUCGAGAGGUUUGAACCUCACGCGAGAAUGCUCAAUCUGGAAACCAGCGUGACGAAAAAGUCGUCGUUUUAUCCGCACAAAGGCAUCAACUACCGCGCAUCCGAGGAGAACAUGUUCGCGUUGUUGGAUGUUUUAAAACCAGAUAUCGUUUCCUUGGCGAACAACCACGCGAUGGAUUUUUCGAGAGAAGGGAUGGAGGAUACGUUAAAAUUCUUCGAUUCGAUAGAAGGUAGCAGUGAUAAUGCGUCGCUCGGGUUGCGCGUGAAACGCAUCGGUGCCGGUUGGAACAUCGCAGAUGCGAUGAAACCGGCGGUGCUGGAAAACGUCUACCCGUACGGAUUCGCGCCGGCGAGGAACGAUAAGCGAGGCGUCGACGUCGCGGCGUUUGGGCUGUGCUUCGAAGACAGCGGCGUGCCUCGAGAGUGGCAGUCGACGGAACGAUCAAUGGGCGUGUUUUUGGCGACAGAGGAUGACAAAGUGCCGGAGCGCUUGUUGAGCGCGAUUGCAAAGAUGAAGAAAGAAUCCUCAAACAACGCGAUCGUCGUCGUGUCCGUACACUUCGGUUCGAAUUGGGGAUUUGAGGUUCCGAGAGCGCACGUGACCGCGGCAAAAGCGCUCGUCGAUGCCGGCGCAGAUAUAGUUCACGGUCACAGCUCCCAUCACGCGAAAACGGCUAUGCUGUACAAGAAAAAACUAAUCUUGUUUGGAUGCGGUGAAUUUUUCAACGAUUACGAAGGCAUUCGACCGCAUCCCGGCUUUCCCGAGACCUCGUACUUAGGGCACUUGCGUUUGCUCUAUUUCGUCGACGUCGACGCGAAAACGCACAAUUUUAGCAAACUAGAAAUUGUUUUGAUGCGUCAAAAGAUGUUCGCGCUGACGACGUUGGAAAAUCCUCGAGAAGAAGCCGAACAGUUCUUGGCAACUUUGAGGCAGCAAUACGCCGCGUUUGGGCAUUUGAAAUUGCAGCUGAAAGGGGACGGGACGACGUUGAUUGCCUGGCCGGAUGAUGCGGUCAGAUUGCGACGACGCUCUGACGAUGAUGAGCUGUGA